AUGUCAGUGCGUGUCAAAAAAUCUUGAUACGAUCGGAGACGGUUGCAGCGAUCGCAUUUCAAUAUGGCGAACCUCGACAAAGGACGCAGAAAGUGGGGAGGAUUUGCACAAGAACCAAUGAGUUCUAAUUCGGACAAAGACAGAAUGGGAGGAGUACGAGGCGGAGGAAGCAGAGCAUCUCAGGCCUUAUAUAGACCAGGAAGUGGUCCUUUACGCAAAUCGGGCAGAUCUGGCAAUGCAGCUGAGGAAUAUGACAACGAAAAUGGCUCGCAAGAAAAAUCAAGAACAACCUCCGUCCAGUAUCGUUUGAGGCAGUCACAAUCUGGUAGAUCUAAUCAAGCACAGGACAGUCCACCUUUGUCACAAAUCGACAAUGUAACCGAAAAAUUGAAUAACACUCAUAUUGACUAUAGAAACAGUAACAAUAGUGAAUCUGCAGCUAGUGGUGGCUACAAUAAUAAUGGUGGAACAGGAGGGAAUGAUUCAAAGAAGAAAACUAGGAAACCUGAGCAACUGCUGUAUGUACCGAAGAAGGUAAAGGAAGCAUUGGCUGAGCAGGAUGGAAACAAUAGAUCACCAAGUCGUAGUACAUGGGAGCGGGAAAGAGAAGAUAGCAAUGACCGUGACUCUCAUACUCCCCGCAAUCACAAAAGUAAUCGCUCGAGUGUCUACAGUGCACGAGAUAAUGACGAAAGCAGAAGCAGAGAUGACAGCAAUAAACGGUAUUCGGGUAACCGUCGACAUCGUAAUGCUAUUGAGAACGAGGAACGUUGGCGAUCCGAUUCGCCGAUAUCGAUGAGAAAUAGUGUGAAUCGGAAGGACAAUUUACGCGAAGUCAGACAGGGCUCGGAACCUCUCUCUGUGACAAACCAGAAUGAUUUUAAUCGUAUGAGAGAUACGCGCAGUGUGGAACCUGCCGGACAUUCGGACAAAUUUCAAGGCAAGCCACCCUCGGGCAGACGCAGCAGCGGGAAAGAUACUUUGUCAAAAAACAUAAAAUUAGAACUUUUGCCACCACGAUUACAAAAGAAAUAUCUCUUGGAUAAUGGAUAUACGGUGCCCAGCAACAAUCCGGGUACCUCCACGGAAAACUGGAAUGGUGGCAAUGGUAUAUUGCAGGGUUCGGCUAAUUAUAAUCUCCCACCGACAAUGCAACAUUCGCAAACCAUGCAAAAUUUACCACCAUCCGGUCCGUUACCACCGCAAUCUAUUUGGGCAAACACUGUGCCAACGAGAAGCGGAAGAGGAAGAGGUAGACUUAGAUCAGAAGAAUUGGAUAAUAUAGCGAGCGCUGUUUUCAGGCCUGUUUCUCCUGAACAGUAUUCGGCGCCGAGUUCUAGAUCUCAUACACCUAGCCAGGAAUAUAUGAACCGAUCUUAUGAUCGUCGUGGUAGUAACAGCACUAUGUACACCAGCAUAGAAAGCUUAAGUCGCGCUGAUAGUACGAUGAUGCCACCGCCGUUAUCCGCAUCGCCCGCAACUUCACAAUCAAACUCAAACAAAGGCCACAGAUCACCCGAGAAUCAUCGUAGAGGCGCAAUAUCACCGAUCAACAGUCGUAGUAACAACACGCAAAGAACCGUAUGUAACAUGUACGAUCAUAAUUCGAGUCCAGAUAAGCAGAGCAAUCAACAAAACACAAAACAUAGCUCUGUGAAAAGUGAUUCAUUUAACCCAUCGUCUAAUACUAAUACAUCUGAAAUACUUGACUGGAGCGAGGAAGUAGAACUUAAUGAAAAGUUAGAACAAGAACAUCUGAGUCGUAGUUCGUCCGUGUUAAGUAUACGUGAGAACGCAAACGUACCACGAAGUCAAGCUGUGGGCGAAAGUCACAAGCGACGUAAAAAAAAAAAACGUGACAAACAUCGCGAUUCUGAUCGUGGCAGCAGCAGAGACAAGGGACGAGGCAACAGCCGUGAACGUCAAAAGAAUCAACAAAAUAGAGAGAACGACAAUUGUAAUAACAAUCAAAAGAAUAACAAUAAUAACACUAACAGCAGGCGAUACGAUCAUAGAAGNCGUAGCAUUGUUCAACGUAGCCGAGAAUCGAGUAAAGACAGAAGUUACGGCAGCAACUACAGAAGCUUUGACGAUCCUCACAGACGCAGAACUGAUAAGUAUUUACAUGAAGACUGGAGAACAGGCAGAAAAAUAUCAACGUGUGAUUCCGAUGACGGGAGACAGACUCCUAAAGUUUCCUCUCAUACUGUUCCACUUUCAAGUGCAAAUUCGAAUUCGGCGACGCACCGAUCGUCUNCAACUGGAUACGGUAACGCUCAGCCGGGCGUUUUAAUCUUGCCUAACGACACUAAUCAGUCGUCUCCUAAUCAGACGACAACAGCUUCUACACAAGGAACGGGACACCAACAACAAAGAACGUUGUUUGAUCCNAANAACCCACACAAACCNAUUAUUAUCACCUCACCUGGAAGUAGAGCAGCUGUACAGAGGGACAAUGACAUGCAAGUUACGAGCGUUCCAGUAUUUCAAUCUAAUGUAGGUAUCACGUCAUCGCAUUAUUUCCAAAACACACAAAUGGACGGUAUGCCACCACCAUACAUGAACGAUCAGAUCGGAAACAUGAGACCUUCUUGGUACGAUCCGUAUUCAGCCAGUUUUCACUCUGCGAAGAAUCACUGCCUUCUCUUGGACAUAGAACGUGCCGACUUGGAGCUACAAUGGAUAUUAAGUUCCGGUGGUUUCACNUCGUGUUUGGAACGAGUCUCGUACAUUCGACANUUCCUUCAACAGAGUUUAAAAAUUUUGCUUGAGACCGACAUCAAGUUCUGUCAAGCGGAGAACGUCGAGCAACAUUUUUGGAAGAUAUUGUUUUACAAUUUGAUCGAGAUGCUGCGAAAAGCUAUGCCCAAAGAGAGCUCGGAGGGACGUGAGCAUUACAAGCAGAUAAUGCUAAAUAUCAUCGAUGAGGGCACUACGUAUCUGGAAAGCUUGUUGACUACUCUUGAGACUACGUACGAGUUCAAAUUGGACACUUUUCUCGCGUCGUCAAGUUUACCCAAAGGUCUCGGACUCNUGGGACUAGCCUUAGUUAGCGCGCAGAAGAUAUUUUUGUUCUUGGGAGACUUGGCAAGAUAUAAGGAACAAGCAAACGAAACGAGCAAUUAUGGAAAAUCAAGACAAUGGUAUUUGAAAGCCCAGCAAAUUAAUCCUAAAAAUGGUAGACCGUACAAUCAGCUUGCCUUAUUGGCGCAUUAUGCUAGACGGAAAUUAGACGCCGUGUAUUAUUAUAUGCGAUCUCUCAUGGCGUCCAAUCCUUUCCACUCGGCUAGAGAGAGUUUGAUAGCGCUUUUCGACGAGAAUAGGAAAAAAUAUCUACAUUAUUACGAGUCUAUCGAACGUAAACGGAAGGAGGAAANGGAGUCGAAGGAACGGGCGCGGAUGAAAGAGAAAGAAGGCGCGAACAUCAUCGGCGGCGGAUUAAGAAGAGAAACGUGGAUUCAUCCGGGUGACGGUAGGAGAGUGCGGCGUACAACGAGUGCGGCCACUGCCAACGAGACGAGGUUGUCCCACACUAGCGACUUGGAGGAGUUAUCGCAAUUAACGAGUGUUGAGGUAAACAAGCGAUUCGUCACUUCGUAUCUCCACGUACAUGGAAAACUCAUCACCAAGAUAGGGAUGGAGACCUUCCAAGAAGCUGGUGUUCAAAUGCUGAAGGAAUUCAGAGCUUUGUUGCAGCACUCGCCGCUACCGCUUCCUGGUACUCGUCUACUUCAACUGCUGGCGCUGAACAUGUUCGCGAUCGAGACUACGCAACUGAAAGAUGCACAAAUGGAGCAAGGGUAUAGAUCGGAGGUGCAGGAACGAGCGCUCGUCGUAUCGUUGCAGAUGUUCAGCCUCAUCCUAGAACGCGGUGUAUCUCUGUUGAAAGCUCAACUAGACAGCGGGCAGGAGCCGAGACUGGUGGUCGGCGAGGAUCUGCAAGUGCUCCUGCCGGCCAUUAAGAUCUGGUGCGACUGGAUGCUCUGCCACAGCACCGUUUGGAAUCCCCCGCCGUCUUGCACGGAUUACAGAGUCGGCCCGCCUGGAGACGCAUGGAGCAGAUUGGCGACGAUGGUGAACCUCUUGGAGAAACUUAAUUACAGCAGAACAACUUUGAUUCAGGGCAAGGAUGCCGAGGGUCGCGAAGAAGAAUUAGAACUUGUUAAACUGCCAGAAGAUAUCACGUUGGCGGGUUUUACUCCUCUUAUGCUCAAUCCUCAGGAUCCUUGCUACGUGGAAAAAACGGAGGACAUGGAAGUGGCUCAGGUGUGUCUCAGGAUAAGCAAGAUCCUUUUCUUCGGUCAAGUGUUCUUGUGCGGCUUGGAGACACCGGUACUGAAGCUGCAAAAGAGCGAGACCGGUGUUAACGAAUACGUUUCCGUGGUUGAGGCCUCGAGCACGAGUUCACCGAGUUCGCCGCCGACACAGAUUGCUAGUACGGGUAUUAUCCAAGGAACGGAAUUAAUUCACUUGCAGAGCGAUUCAGAACUUCUGGUAGAGAGUUACAGCGAAGGAGAAGAGGAAUCGGUUCCCACAUUGAGAAGAUUACCCUCGUGCGGUAAUAUGCCCGACGAUAUGACAGCUCCCGUGGCGGCGGUCGAGAUACGGUCGCUGAUUGAAAGAAAAGAAGAACUGGAGAGACGACAACGGAAACAAGAUCGACAUCGACAGCGAGUACAGGCAAUCUUGCAAAAAUCGUCGGUGUCGGUGGAGAUCGAAGUGAGACCAAGACAACUGGUGCCAGACACAAACUGUUUCAUCGAUUAUCUGCAGCAGCUGCAAACAAUCACAAGAGCAACUUCCGGUGCGCAACCGAUCUACACCCUCAUGGUGCCACUUGUGGUUCUAAACGAACUGGAAGGUCUGGCGCGAGGCGCCGAUGCGAGAGAUUGUCCUCCAGCAUCGAGGGCGGCUCUGAAUCCCGAGCAUGUGGCGCGCGUCGCCGAGAGCGCUAAGGCGGCGCUGGCCUUCGCGAGAAGCCGAAAUCCGGCGAUUCGGUGUUUAACCACGAGAGGCACCGUUCUCACAUCCAGCACUUUUACGGUGGAAGAAGACGUCGACAAGGAUGGGCUGACACGAAACGACGACAGGAUAUUGACUACGUGCCUCAGUCUUUGCAGAAGCAACAAGGACCAGGCAAACACAGAGGAAGGACAACCACGGCGAUUGAGACGUGAAGUGGUCCUGCUCACGGAAGACCGAAACCUCAGGGUGAAGGCUCUAGCCAGGGACGUGCCCGUGAGAGAAGUUCCCGACUUCAUGCAAUGGGCCGGACUAGGCUGAGACAACACGACGUGAUCCAUCUUCAUUUGACGAGAAAUCUCCCGUGUUCCUGCCGCUCGAGCUCGGCCAGACUCUUAAACAAGAUCAAGAUCAAAAAACAAAAAGAAGCGGACGAAGAAGCAAGAGAGGAUGAAGGAAAGGAAGAAGAAGAAGAAGAUGAAGAAGAAGAGGAAGAAGAAGAAGAAGAAGAAGAAGAGCUCUCGUCAUCGCGGAUCUUUUUAGGCGGCUGAUCGGCCGUCAACUGUACGCGCACGACGUCGUCAUCGCGUAAGUUCAUCUCCCCGUCAGGUAUAUCCGAGACUGUGUACUCCUACAACACUUUUUUUUUUUCUAAAUUUUUGUAUCCUAUUACGGAAAAAACCACCGCAAAUGCGAUGAACAGAAGAAACGUCUCUAUAAAGAAAACGAUAAGAGAAAAACAAAAGCGCGCGGUCGCGUGUAGAAUUGCGAACAAGCGUAAAUGACGAUGAGAAGGAAAUAGCCGGCAAGCUUGUCGUUUCGCUUGCCGGAAACGUGAGCUAUUUGAAUGCUUCUCGAACACGGGCGUGACGCUUCCUACCUUAGUAGUCCUAACUUGUUCCCUAUAUCUCUCGAACAUGUAGACGCAAAAAAAUCCCGAAGAGAGACUUUUCACGCGGGGACCAUGUAAUAAGUGAUUCGGAAGAUCGCGUUGGAUGCGGUUCACGGCUAUAUUCCAGCGAAGAUUCACCCGAAAUAAAGAAAUAACAAUCGACGUGCGUGUGAGAUUUUGAAGAAAAAAAAGCGAAGAAAAUCGGUAAAAAAAAGCAAUGCUGUUUUGAAGUUAUCAUGUUUGUAGAUUGUUUUUUUUAUCGAUGACAGUCGCCUAUUGCGGCCGAACAAUCUUUUGUAUAGUUUUGCUUGCGAUAUUCACUUUGUUCAUGGGAAACGUUAUAUUAAACUUUUUAUAUUAUACAUAUAUAUAUAUGUGUAUACAGGUGUGUCCAUUCGAGACGACUAACGCGACAAACGAGAUGCGUUCGCGUACGAUGUUUUCAUUCGCAGUUUUGUGAACACGUGUCUAUAUUUUCAUCACAUCCCGCGUGACAAUUCGUCGUGACGUUUUUUCACGAGUUCGACUUUAAACGAAAAAAAAAUCAUCAAAUGUUGUCACCUUUUUAAGCUGCCAUAACGUCCAUCGUGAGCGACGGUUCAUUUCCAACAAAUUACCACACGCCGGGAAGAGAAGAAAAACAAAAUCGAGAUAAUCAGUUCAAUUGUUGAUUAUAUCGUGUCACAAUAAUCGUUACAUUUGGAAACAAUUGUGAGAGACUCUUUCGAAAUCGCGGAUCAAAUGUAACGACUUAAUAUACAGGGUGUUCGAUAAUUACUUCAAAAUCUCUCGUAGGCAGGUAGAAGGAGUAAA